AUGUUAUACGUUUCUAAACGGAUUUUUACGAAUUUAAAUCGUUUCAAUGUGUUGCAUAUCAAUAGGCAAUUGUCGAACCCCGUAAAAUCGGUUCGCGUGUUUGAUUGCUUGUGUUUGCUUGCUUGUUUGUUUACGGGCACAACGCCUCGGAUCUUUUUUGCUAUUCUGGGAUGCUAUUGUUCUUUUUCAACAGAGCUAAAAUUGUUGUGGUGGUCCUAUUUUCCAGGGUUUAAACUGACAAGGGAUACCAAAAGUAGCAUACAGUAUUCAUUUGCAUUCAUAAUCCAGCUUUUCUCAGGUUUUCUUCAAACAGGUGCACCUUUUGGUAAUCAUCUCAUGGCGAGCGAUGACGCUAAAGAGCCCUUGCUUUCGUCAUCAGUCGAUGCUUCCCACCAAUUCAACGAGAAAAGUUUACUCAAGAGAAGAAGAUACCCUUGCAGUAUUAAUGGUGCUCCUUCGUUGAGAAUCGACAUUCCCAACAAAAAUGUCAUCGAAUCGCUGCCACACCCUGAUCUCAUUUCAGCACAAGAACGAUUUAGUUUUAAACGGGUAUUCAUGUUCUUCGGUAUAUACUUGAGCGCAGGCACCUUGUGCUUCUACCUUGUGAGGCAUCAAAUCAAGGGUAAAAAAACUAGCGGGGUUCUUGACGCCAUUUACUUCUGUGUUGUGACAAUGACUACUGUUGGAUAUGGUGACCUUGUGCCCGAUAGCACAUUGGCGAAACUACUUGCUUGCGUUUUCGUUUUCAGUGGCAUGGGUCUUGUUGGGUUUGUUCUUAGUAAGGCAGCGGACUAUAUUGUGGAAAAGGAGGAAAUCCUUUUGGUUAAAGCCAUCUAUAUGCGCGAAAAAGUAGGCCCGGCUGAAAUUCUCAAGGAGGCCGAAAGCAACAAGGCAAAGUACAAGUUUCUUACCGUACUGACCCUUCUUUUGGUUCUUGUAACUGUUGGAACCAUCUUUUUGUAUCAGUUUGAGGGGUUGGAUUUCAUUGAUGCCUUCUACUGUGUCUGUGCAACGGUCACUACUUUGGGAUACGGGGACGAGAGCUUUUCGACUGAAGGGGGCCGUCUGUUCGCUGUUUUCUGGAUUGUGAUGAGUACCCUUUGUUUAGCCCAGUUCUUUCUCUACCUUGCCGAAUUAUACACUGAAAACAGGCAAAGAGUACUGAUAAAAUGGGCUCUAACCCGGGAUCUAACGACCUCGGAUCUUGAGGCUGCAGAUCUUGACAAUGACAAAGUUGUCAGUGUUUCUGAGUUCAUUGUGUACAAGCUGAAAGAGAUGGGCAAGAUAACCGAGGAGGACAUAUCAGUGGUGAUGGAGGGGUUCAAGAACCUCGACGUGGACCAUUCGGGUACGUUGACAACAUCUGAUCUGAUGCUCUCAGAAUCACCUCAAGCUCAAACCUGACGCGAAUUAUCGACUCAAAAUGUUUCCAUCGACACAGUUUCCCGAAUCGACGUAUGAUGUUUAACGAAGAGCAAGGUUAGGUGAUUAUAUGGUUCAGUCAUCCAUGGUAUCUAUGUAUCUUACAGGGAAAUUGAGUCAUUGAGUGCAUAAUAAUAAUGUAACUGGUGCUUAAUCUCCAAUACACUGAGGUGAAAACUGAUAAAAGCUUUGCAAAUAGGGUUGAAUUGUAGGUGAUUAGAAGCAAAUUAGGUCAGUUAAUUUAUAUUUGUGUUAUGUUUGCUCCUAAUAGUGGAGUUUGGUUGUCGCUAAAGCCUAUCAGGAGGAUAAAAAGAGGGUUAGCUCGGAGGUUAAACCCACUUUGAUUGAGUUUGACGGUGCUAGUUGU